GAAGAGAAGAAAGGGUUUAUUAUUGAGUGUUUGAAGAAAAGAUUCAUAUCAACCAUGACUUGUUCUAGCCAGAGAAAUCACUUCACUCCUACUAAGCCCCAUUUUUUCAAGAUUAUUCUUGAACAAACUCUUGCAAACACCAACUUACAAAUUCCUAAGACAUUUUGGAUGAAAUAUUGUGGUUCCUUAUCGAGUCAAGUGAUUCUUAAGCUUCCAUGUGGAUCAAGAUGGGAGUUAGGGUUGACAAAAAGUGAUGGAAAGAUAUGGAUAGAAAAGGGUUGGAAUAAAUUUGCAGAACAUUAUUCUUUAAGUCGUGGAAACCUCUUAGUUUUUCAAUAUGAAGGGAACUCCAUGUUCAAUGUUAUUAUAUUUGACAAAAGUACCGCGGAGAUAGAUUACCCUUCAAACCCAAAUCAUUUUGAGAAGCAUGGCAUUGACAUAAUACAAUCCCAUUCCCAUGUUGGUAAUAAAGAUGAUGUCUCUAUUGAAGUUUUGGGCAGCUAUCCUAAAACCAGGGACAAAUCUCCAUUACAAUGUCCUCAGCCCCACAAGAAAAGGAAAACUAGUUCUUGUGGUAAAUCUAAAGUGAAGUUUGAUAUACCAGAUCAAGUAUGUGGAGAAUCUCCCCUACCAAGGUGGAUGGAGCCUGAAUUUUUUUUAAGUAAACAGAGGUUGAGUGCAAAAGAAAAGGCUGAAGCUCUCCAGAGAGCUAAAGGAUUUAAAUCUAAAGACCCCUUUUUCAUGGUUUCUAUGCGACCUUCGUUUGUUGGAGAUAAGGCUUAUUUGAUUAUACCAUCAAUGUUUGCAAAUAAUUACCUCCUCAAUAAGCAUCAAGAUGUGAUCCUUAAGGUUCAAGAUGGGAGGACCUGGUCUGUUAAGUACUCUAUCAGACAGUAUAAAGGAUCUUCUUCAAAAAUCACAUUUGAGUGUGGUUGGAAGGCAUUUGCUCAAGACAAUGAAUUAAAAGUAGAUGAUGUGUGUGCCUUUGUUUUGAGAAGCAGCACUGGGAUAAUAUUAUUUGAAGUUGUUAUUUUUUGUGAAAAUGGAGUAGCAAAGUCCCCUAUGUUAUUAGCAGAACUGGCCUACACUACGGCUAUUGAAGGAGCAAGCUGUUCCCAAUCUGAAAGGCCAUCCUUCACAGUUACUAUGCAUGAAACUUAUGCAACUGGUCAUAGUAAUUUGUACUUGCCUUACAAGUUUGUGGAGAAGUACAUUAAUAAAAACGAAUGUGAGGUAAGACUUUGGGUUUCAGAUGGUAGAUCUUGGUUUGUCCCAUUGAAGGUGAGGCAGGCAAAUGGAUUUCGAAGAGCUGAAUUAUUAUGCUGUGGCUGGAAAGCAUUCAUGCUGGACAAUAGUCUGCGGAAGGGUGAUAUUUGCACAUUUGAACUAACUAACAAUGGCAAUGAAAUUUCAUUUAGAGUUACCUUUGUUAAGGGUGCUGCUGAUGAUGCAUAUAACAAGCAAGUUGCAACAAAGAGAAGAGCAACUACAAACCCUUGUGUGAAAGUUGAAUCUUCUUUUAAUUAUGGUGAAGCCAGCAUGAUUUCACAGAACCAAAUGGCAAAGAAGGAACAAGAGAAUAUUAAAGUUGAACCUUUUGACAAAUCCAUGAAGGUAAUCUCUGAAGCAAAUACUGGCAAUCAAGGCACUGCUAAUAAGAGGCCUUCAUCUUCAGGACUUUGCAGUAGAGGAGCCUCUGAAGCAGCCAACCAAUUCUUCACAAAAAAUCCUUACUUCCAGGUGGUUUUGCAAUCAAAUCACGCGUAUGGAAAUAAACUGCCUAUUCCGAUUGCCUUUAUGAGACAAUAUUUAGAGGAAAAGUCACAAACUAUGACUCUUUGGGUUGGUGAGAAGUAUAGGCAUGUGAAGUUAUUAGCUGGACCACCAUAUACGUUUUCUGCUGGAUGGGCUGCAUUUGCAACAGAUAACUCUCUCCAGCCAAGAGAUGUCUGCAUUUUUGAGCUGAUAAAGAGAAACCAACAUGAGAUGAAAGUAACCAUAUUUAGGCAAAGUGAUUUGGCUCAAGACUAAACUGUUGUAGUUAUGCAAAUCAUAAAAAUCAUUUUGGGUGCCACUUGUAUAUAGAUUAGUCUAGCUAGUAUUUGUAAGUCCCCUGCUAAAGAUUUUUUUUUUAUUUGCUUUAAACUGACCCUUAAUAUUAUGACUAAAAUAUAUACUUGCUUUUGAAGUGUA